AUGGGUAUAAUUCACGGUGGACAACGUGUCGCACCGUCACCGCAUACGUCGUUCCAUCAUCACGUCUACGCGGCGCCUGUGCAAUCGCAGGACCAAGGGUGGGCCGGUCAUGUACGCGCGCGCGAGCAUGCCCUACAUCAGCGCGAGCGCAUCGAGGCAGACCGGCGUCAGGCCCACUUCGAGUGGGAGCAGCGCCAGAUGCACCAAGCAGCUACGCAGUACAAGUUUGCGGUCGAACAAGAUGCGACGGCUCACACUACGCAGUACAAGUUUGCGGUCGAACAAGAUGCGACGGCUCACACUGCGCAGUUCAGGGCGAACUUGGAGCGCGAGGCAUCCGGGUACAAGGCGCACCUCGACAUGGAGCAGCAGCGUGCCUUCAACAAUGCCAACCUCAAUUGGCAGCAGUUGCAGCAGCAGCAGCACGAGGCGCAGACUACGAUGGACCAGCGUCUUGCAGCCAUGCACCAAGAGGAGCGUGCACGGUACAACACGCAGCUGCGCGCAGCCGGUGUCGACGCCUCGGCGGAGGGCGACGCCGGGGUCAACAUCCCGACUGAGGGACCGGCCGAGAACACACAGUUGCCUGGAUCGCCGAUAACUUCGGGAGUGGGUGAGGCCCCUCCAGGUGCUCGCAGUAGCAGCCUGCCUCCGUACUUUGACUCGGCGUGGCAUCGCACCAGCUUUGAGCUCCCGCCAGGGAGUUUCGAAGAUGCGUCGACGUUCUACACGAUGGGCAGCCGUCCGAUGUCGGCCCCAGUGCGACAUUCGAUCUCGAUGAGCCCGUUGCCACAGUCGACGGCGGCGCCGCUCAUCAGCGGGUACACGCCCAAGAAGCCACCUGUCUAUGGCAAGUAUGGCUUCAAGGAGCGCGACCAACAGAAGUUCACCAAGCGCUUCAUCGUGUACGCCCGCGGCCAAGACGCGAUUAGCGUGAGCAGCGGUGUGGGCAUCGGGACGGUAUGGAUGAGCUCCUGCAUGACGGCGGAGGCUCGCCAACGACGCGCGAUUCCAAUUCGAUCGUCCCAUCGAGGACAUUCGCGAAACGGAGUGGGAGGCGAUUUUCGAGGCGUCGAUGCUCAUACCAAAGUUAGUCUGUUGGAAGCGUUGCAGUGGGCCAAGGAAGCUUGGCAAUCUGUGACGCACGACACUAUUGUAAAUUGA